AUGAGCGCACAAACCCUCUCCGCAAACGCCACCUUUUCCAGCAUUCAACUAUCAGUGGACUUCUCUGAGCCCGGGCACUAUUUUCUGUUUGCUUACCACAUUAUUUUCGCCACAAGUGCUGUUCUGUUGGCUGGAUCGGUGGUCGUGGCGAUCUUAAAAACGAAGCAUCUUCGAUCUCAAAACAGAUUUGUGUUUAUGCUGAGCACAAGCAUGUGUGACGUUAUCACAGGCCUCUCUGUUUACUACUCGGGGCUUUUUGACGUUCAAGAGGGGUUCCCUUCCAGAAACGGGACCUAUAAUAUUUUACCUUCUUUCCUCGGUGUAAACCUUGUAACGUUUAUGUUUGCUCAGUUUGACAGAUACGGUGCCGUGUGCUUUCCUUUCUUCUACAAGCGCUUCAUCUCGCGCUCUCUGGUCAUCUGUAUUUGUGCGUACUGUUGGUUCCAUUGCAGUGUUCUGUUUCAGCUUAUGGCUAACUUGAUUCCACCUUCACUGGCCAAUAAGAUAUUCGCCUUUAGCAUUGCCAGUUUGCAGAUUAUCGUUGUGACCAAUGUAAUGAUGACGAUCAAAUUGUUCAUCGUUGCCAAACGGCAACUCGCCCGAGAUCCGCCAGGCGCGGAGAGAGACGGCAAGGUGGAGUCCUUGAAGAUCAUUAUAGUUGUAGUCAUUACUUUUUUAAUUCUGUGGUACCCUGCGUUUCUAAACAUAAUCGUAAAGCAGGUUUCUAAAUAUGGUCUUUAUUUUAAAAACGACGGCACGAGCAUUUUCUUAAUUAUGGCUCGUUUUAAUGCCUUGUCCUCCCCGGCGCUCUACGUUUGGGGCAGCCCGGCGUUACGCACAGCAGUGUGGGGCAUCGGCUGGUACAAGAUCUUUCCACGGUGCUCAAAAAGGUAG